UAAGGAGCCCAGGGCGACGGGUGCGGCCCCAAGAGCACGUCAGGCGGCGCCAUGCUCAGCGCCCAGGAGCGCGCCCAAAUCGCGCAGGUCUGGGACCUGAUCGCGGGCCACGAGGCGCAAUUCGGGGCGGAGCUGCUGCUCAGGCUCUUCACAGUAUACCCCGGCACCAAGGUCUACUUCCCGCACUUGAGCUCCUGCCAGGACGCGACGCAGCUGCUGAGCCACGGGCAGCGCAUGCUGGCGGCGGUGGGCGCGGCGGUGCAGCACAUGGACCACCUGCGCGCCGCGCUGAGCCCACUGGCGGACCUGCACGCGCUCGUGCUGCGCGUGGACCCAGCCAACUUUCCGCUGCUAAUCCAGUGUUUCCACGUCGUGCUGGCCUCCCACCUGCAGGACGAGUUCACCGUGGAAAUGCAAGCGGCGUGGGACAAGUUCCUGACUGGUGUGGCCGUGGUGUUGACGGAAAAGUACCGCUGAGCCUAGUGCUGCGCUGGCCUUUGUUUGUGCCUGUCAAUAAACAGAGGCCCCAAAUAUCUG